AUGGUUGCAGUCGAAGCGCGCAAGAAGGCGCCUCCUGAGACGCCUGAGUCUAUAGGCCUUCGGAGCAAAAUCGUGCUGUCAUUCUGGGCCGUCAUUCUCCUCCUAGGUCUUCCAACAUGGUACAAGACAACCGAGAUCUAUCGAGCGAGUCUACCAUUGGAGCAGAUGCUCGGACUCAGUGAAUGCGAGCCACCACUACCGAAACUACCACCCCAGAUUUGGCUCGACAUUCCGGGUGUAUUAUGUGCCGAUGCGCAGCGCAUUGCAAGAGACACCCAGAACGAACUUGAUCUUCUGGGCAAAGAGUCCUUUACGCAACCGAGAGUGCGACUCGUGCACAACGAAGACGACAGUGGCCCAAAAUGCGGAGUGAGCCUCCAGAGUAUCAAAGAGGAGGGACCGGAUUUUGAGGUUCGCUUCGCAGGCGAAGCGACGCAGUACACGUUCGAGCUGGAAAACGGCAGGUCGAAAGCACUUGUCAAAUACUCUCAAUCUCAGCGGCCUGCUCUGCCCAGAGACCUGGCGUUGUCAAUCCGUGAUGUGUUUGCGGAUGAAGAGGUUGCACACCUUCUACAGAUCAACAAACUGGUCAUCAAUCACCCUUAUGGACUUGCAUUCGCACAGUACAACGGGGAUGCUGUCUUGGAAAUCGAAAAGCAGAUGGGGAGAGCUGCCAAACCAUCUCCUGGAUAUCACCUUACAUUCUCGUUGUUCGCGGCGACCGGGGCUCCAUCUAGCUGGGAUAUACGAAAGGCACUCGACACUCACAUACAGCCACUCGUCCACGCCCUUGAGAAGACCUUGGCUAUCGAAGUGGGAACACAAGUCCAGCUGUUUUCGCCGUAUAGCCCGUCUGUUGAGACAUUCCAGCUGCAGGGUACCAGAGGCAACUUUCUUCAUCAAGGGGACCUUACAUCUUUCGUCAAUGCUGCAGAGUGGCCUCUAUCGCCUUCCAUCGGAGAUGGACCGACGCUGAACUUCAUUGUCUAUGUUCCGUCCAAGGCUGACCUGCCGCUUGGUAUCGAAGGUGAUCUAGGUGGAGCAUGGAUGGUGCCCCAGUGGGGAGGUAUCAGUAUUGUUAACCCUGACCUUGUUGAGGAUCCGGAAACUGGCUCAUACGUCCUACCGCCCCACCUCUCUGAAAAUAUGCUGUCCGAGGCAUUCCAAACAUUUUCGUCACAGCUACUGGCGCUUCUUGGUGUGUUGUCUACUAACUAUCGCGGCACGCCUCUGCCAAUUCCUCUACGACUGCGGUCCCACCAGCGACUGACCGCGAUGAGCCUGCAUCUGAAGGCCUCGUCGAGCCUCGGAUCUCUCGCACGUCUCGCCAAACAUCUGAGCAGCAUCCCUAUACCGAAGCAUGUGGCACAGUUGGUGGAUGAUUCGAUGUCAAACCUCACCUCUUCUACUACAGCUCUGAACAAUGGUGAAUGGGAAGAGGCUAUCAAAUACGCAAGCAUAGCGUAUCAAGAUGCUGAAAAGGCCUUCUUUGACAAAUCUAUGGUCGGGCAAGUCUAUUUUCCAGACGAGCACAAGGUGGCUGUCUACCUUCCGCUCCUCGGACCUAUAGGAGUUCCUCUUGUGGUUGGACUCCUUAGAGAGGUGAAGAGAGCUGCCACGCUCCUUCGAGCCAAGAAAUCAUGA